AUGGCAAACACUGCAUCGGCCGUAUCGAAGAUGCCGGUAGAUAUGUGGAGAGAGAUUUUCCACCUCUGCUUGGGCACCGAAUAUGUGGAUAUUCAAGGCUGGCUAUGCACAUACGAGUUUCUCCGUGGCAAAGUCACUGAGAUUACAGACGCUAAUCAGAUUAGAGCGGGAAUUCGGGUCACGUUGAGUCUCGUCUGCCGUCGCUGGAGGGACGUGCUGGCAGAUAUGGACGACAAUAUGGUUGUCGCAGGACCAGACGGCGCUGCAAUCUGGCCACCUGGACGGCGCAUGGAGCAUGCUAAACAUGCCGUUUAUGUUUCGAACACCUCCUAUUAUCUAUGGAAGCACGGAGAACCAUGGUGGGGAGUCAACGGGGGAAAUCUGGGCUCGUCGUAUACCAUGAACAUUGAUCAACUCGACGCGCCAAUCAUUCAGUUGAUCGGGGUGAAUUUGGAGGCAACUGCUGUAGAACGAUGCUUGGACCCUCGAGGAGGGAAUAUCAAGGCAUUGUCAGUAAUGUUCGGCAUCGAUAGGAGCACUGCGUUCAGCUUUCGUGCCCUCACACAUCCGAGGCUCCAACAUCUUGUUGCGUUGAGUUUCGAGACAAGAUACCCGUUGAAGAUAUCUGAACCAUUUUCCCUACCCUCACUGCGUUGUCUGUUUGUGAAACUUCGGUGGUACUAUGGUCUGGACCGGGAACAGGAUACACUCUCAAAGCUGACUUUUCCCAAAUUGUCGGCGUUUGAGCUUACCCCAAAGGGUGUAGAAAUGGAGGGGCUGAAGACCGAUGUGGAGGGCUUUUUACUUACACAUGCAGAAACCAUAGAAGAAGUGGUCCUUAGAGAAGGUUUCUGCCUUUCGGAGACGUUUGACGUGGACAAGUCACUCGGUCGACUGUGGAGAUAUGAACGCCACCCGAGUACCAGUAAUAUAUUCCGCGAUUGGGAUUGGCUCGACCUCUAUUGUGAACCACUAUGGCCUCUAGAAGAAUGGUUCCCGUGGGGACCUCCAGAUUUCCCGUGGGAGGAUGUUCAUUACUAUUUUACAGCAGAAGAUUUCGCACGUUUCGAUGUAGAGGAAGAUGGGCUUCUAGAGACGGUGUAA